UGCUGGCUGCUGAUGCGCGAUUUUAUCUUACAUUAUUGUACAUUAUACAUUUUUUUAUAAAAAUAAGAUUAAAAAUAAAUGCUUUUAUAAUUUCAUCUAAAAUAGAUUUAUCAAUAUGUCCUUAGACACUGUACCGAAGGAUCUGCGAGGUUUAAGAGCUUGUCUAGUAUGCUCCCUAAUAAAGACAUUCGAUCAGUUCGAGUAUGACGGCUGCGAUAAUUGCGAUGAAUUUCUUCGGUUAAAAAAUAACAAGGACAAUGUUUAUGACUGUACAAGCAACAACUUUGAUGGAAUGAUUGCUGUCAUGAGCCCUGAAGACAGCUGGGUGUGCAAAUGGCAAAGAAUAAGUCGAUUCUGCAAAGGAGUCUAUGCCAUUUCUGUAUCUGGAAGACUUCCAGCAGGUGUGAUGAGGGAAAUGAAAAGCCGUGGGAUUUUGUACAGACCCAGAGACACGAGUCAGAGAUAAUUUAAGAUUGAUUUCACUAUACAUAAUAUAAUACCUAAGUAUUACAAAAAAAUAUCAACAUAAAUUUGCUUCUUAGAAAUUGCUAUUUUUCGCACCUAUUAUACAUUGGAGUUCAGGCGCGGUUCGAAGGGGGGGGUGACAGGGGACAUGACCCCCCCCCAAA